AUGCGCCGUUUUAUCCCUUUCCUACAGUCAAACUCUGUGGUCUUCAAAACUGCACUGUUCCGCGAAUGGUACGAAGGCAGGCUAACGGCGUGGAAACACUUUGUUCCAGUUGACCUCCGGCUUCACGAUCUCUUCAGCUCGUUGGCAUACUUUGGUGGCUAUGGAGUCGAGGAGCGAAACAAGAGGAUGAUGGAGGGUAGGGUGAAAGAAGCAGAGGCUAUUGCGAGACAGGGUAAAGUGUGGACGGAGAAGGUGCUGAGGAAAGAGGACAUGGAAGUGUACAUGUUUCGGCUGCUUCUUGAGUGGGGUAGGCUUACGGAUGACAGGAGGACGGAAGUUGGGUUUCGUAUGGGGAAGAGGAGUGUGGAGCGGGAUGGUGUGCAGGAGCUGUGA